GUUACAACUUACAAGUUACAAACAAUAACGAAACGUUCCGUUUCGCCAGCUCAGAGGCUUUCAAACUUCCACGCUCCCACGCUCGCUCUUCCCCCGGCCCCUCGUUUCUUCUCUGUCAACCUCUCUCUUUCUCUCUCGGUGUCUGCCGGGAAGCUGGUUCGUCCGGCGGUUGGCUUCGCCGGCGCUAGAGGGAGGAAACUUGACUGUUGUUGUAUGUUUCUUUCAAAAUUUGGGAGGGAAGCAUAACAGACAUGGUUAUGUCAGUGGUGUCGCCAAGAAGAUCGAUUAGAGAUACGUGGUUUAACAGCGCUGGGGGCGAUUAUAAUAAUCAGAAGAGGUGUUCUUAUGGGUAUCAUGGUGACGAUGAUGAGCCGGUGGAGCUUGUACAGAUUGGAGCUGAGAGGACCAAAAAUGUCUUGAUCUUGAUGAGCGACACUGGUGGAGGACAUCGAGCUUCAGCUGAGGCCAUUCGGGACGCGUUUCAGUUGGAAUUUGGGGACGAGUAUAGAGUUUUUAUAAAGGAUGUGUGGAAAGAGUACACUGGUUGGCCAUUGAAUGAUAUGGAAAGGUCAUACAAAUUCAUGGUGAAACAUGUACAGCUUUGGAAGGUUGCAUUUCACAGUACCUCUCCUCGCUGGAUUCACUGCUUCUAUCUAGCUCUUUUUGCCGCAUUCUAUGCCAAAGAGGUAGAGGCUGGUCUGAUGGAGUACAAACCAGAUGUUAUCAUUAGUGUCCAUCCUCUCAUGCAGCAUAUUCCCCUCUGGGUGCUUAAAUGGCAGGGACUUCACAAGAAAGUGGUGUUUGUUACAGUCAUUACUGACCUCAAUACUUGCCACAGAACAUGGUUCCACCCUAAUGUCACCAGAUGCUACUGCCCAUCAGAGGAUGUAGCAAAGAGAGCUUUACUAGAUGGGCUAGAUUCUUCCCAGAUUCGUGUCUUUGGCUUGCCAAUCCGCCCAUCAUUCUGUCAAGCAGUUCUACCCAAGGAUGAGUUAAGAGAAGAACUAGAGAUGGAUCCUUCUUUGCCUGCAGUUUUGCUGAUGGGAGGUGGUGAAGGAAUGGGUCCUGUCAAGAAAACUGCAAGGGCCCUUGGUGAAUCACUCUUUGAUGAAGAGCUUGGGAAGCCCAUUGGCCAAAUGAUUGUUAUAUGUGGCCGUAAUAAGGACCUAGCUACUACACUAGGGUCAAUCCAGUGGAAGGUGCCUGUGAAGAUAAGAGGAUUUGAGACACAGAUGGAGAAAUGGAUGGGAGCUUGUGAUUGCAUUAUCACAAAAGCUGGACCUGGCACAAUUACUGAGGCUUUGAUAAGGGGCCUUCCAAUUAUCCUAAACGACUUUAUCCCUGGACAGGAAGUUGGCAACAUCCCUUAUGUGGUAGACAACGGUGCAGGUGUCUUCUCGCAAAAUCCAAAGGAAACAGCUGCUCUAGUUUCUGAAUGGUUCAGUUCCAAGCCAGAAGAGUUGAAGAAAAUGUCAGAGAAUGCACUUAAACUAGCACAACCGGAUGCUGUUUUCAACAUUGUAAGAGACAUUGAUGAUCUUGCACGCCAACAUGGGUCCCUAGCCAGCAUCUCAUAUUCACUAACCUCAUCGUUCUCAUACCCAAUCUAAUUCAAAGUAUCUGAGAUCAGGACAAAUUCAGGUCCUACUUGUGUACCAUAUGUAGCUAGCUUUGAUGUCAUUCUUUGGCCUUAUGCGGCUUUAUUCCACAAAUAUGUAAAUUUUCUUGUAAAGGUCUUGGGAGUGUGAUUAAUGUAGUUUUUUUUUUUCUUAUGCCUGAAAAUGUUUGAUGUGUCCUUCAACGACCUCAGUUUGCUGCUUAUUUUGAUUUUGGUGAUUAAUUAAAAUCAGUGCCUCUUGCUACC